GCAUUGGUCGCUCCUGCCGGCGUUGCCCGCUCCUGCCGCCUCUUUGCCUGCGGCCUUGCUGACAGAGCUGUAUUCCCAGUCUCAUGCCGGUGGACACCAAACGGGUGCGCGGCCCAGAUGAAACGCAAUCUCCGCUGUUGUUCGUCCGGUUGGAUGCAGAACCGAAACCCGUGCCCUUGCUGCCGCGGGCGGACGGGCGUUCCGCCGCCGAGCCGAGGCCCGUGUUCGCCCGGGCUGGGCUGGUGAGCCAGGCGGACGGCUCGGUGUACGCCGAGUGCGGCCGGAGCAAGGUGCUGUGCGCUGUGUACGGGCCCCGCGAGAUCGAGCGCAAAGAGGAGAGACGUCUGAGCGGCGCCGCCCUGGGCUGCGAGUUCAGAUUUGCCCCUUUCUCCUGCAAGAAAAGAGCUGCUUGGAUUCAGGGCAACCUGGAGAAGGAGUACUCGUCGAUCAUGGAGCAGAGUUUGCAGCCUGCUGUCUGCCUCCAUAAGUAUCCCAGGUCCCAGAUUGACGUGUAUGUUAUAGUUCUGGAGAAUGACGGCUCCACCCUGGCAGCUGCACUGACCUGUGCCUCCAUGGCACUGGCAGAAGCAGGCAUUGAGAUGUUUGACGUUGUUGUGGGCUGCUCCUUAAGGCAGUGUGGUGCUACCUCCCUCUUAGACCCGACUGCGCUUGAGGAGUUCAACGCAGCCAGCUCCAAAGGUGUGGAUAACGGCAGCAUGACUGUAGCACUGCUACCCACUCUUAACCAGAUCUCAGGGCUUGUGUCAAAAGGAGAGUGGGAGGAACAGACGUCAGUGGAAGCGAUCAAAGCUUGUGUCGAAGGUUGCCAGAAACUCUACUCCGUGGUCCAGCAGUGUCUAACCAGAUCAGUGAAGAGGAAGAUCCCUGAGUUUGUCAGUAAAGCUUAGAUGACCAUUUAAUCCAGGACAUUCCAGUUAAUAAUUUUGUUAACGUGACAUUUAUAAGUUUUUGUACCAGUCUUUGCUAAAUUGAAAUGAUUCAAGUUAUAAAAUAUACCUCGUUAAUAUCAUUAAGCUGGUGAACAACUGUUGGAUUGAAUAUGAGAAUUCCAGGAUCAAUUUCCACUAUAAAACAAACUGCUGGAAGAACUCAGUGGGUCAAGCACCAUCUGUGGAGGCAAAUAAAUGAUUGGUGCUUCGAGUUGUGACUGUUGCAUGGUCUUGAACUGAAAUGUCGACCAUUUCUUUGCCUCCACUGUUGCUGCUUGAUUUGCUGAGUUACACUGGCCUUUGUUCUUUGCUCCAGAUUCCAGCAUUGGUCGUCUCUGUUGUCUCAAUCUGCACCAUGCUGGGUUAGUUCAUCUGCACGGCCAUUUAGCUAAACUGCAGUUGCAGUUGUUUCUCUGCGGUCUUGGCUCACAUUCCUUUAAAAAACGAUCUUCAUUUGAAAUGGGGUGAAUAAUUUUAAAAGAAAUGGUUAAAUAAUCUGCAAGCCA